AUGCUUCCGCACGCAGAUCAAGGCUGCAGAGACAGCCAGUGUGUGAGACCAGCAGUAACGCAUCUCAGAGGCUGUCAGUGGACGCACCCGAGAGAGGCUCGCUCACCCGCCAUGCGUAAAAGAUACUUGAAGGACUUACUAUUGAACAACUCGUCCAGUGGAUUUGUGUUCUGUUUUCAAAAGGUUCCAGUGCGUCUUCAAGAGAAGUUGAUGAGGAGGAGGAUGUUUGGGCUCUGUACCCAUGCAACACGGAUGAAUGGUGUCUGUUGUAGAUGGAAACUAUGAAACCAUGAUGGACUUUCUUUCCGAAUAAUCUAGCCUACUAACCAGGAAGGACUUUGUCAGUGGGUUUACAGUGCUACACUGGUUAGCCAACAGUGGCCAGGAUGAGACACUAAUGCAAUUGUUAAGGCAUGCUCAAAAUGAGGGGAUUCAAGUCAACGUGAAUUUGAAGGGCAGAGGGGGGCUCACCCCUCUCCCCGUAGCUGCUAUGUACAUGGUAAUUAAAAUUCUAGUAGGUGCGUUCAGUGCCAAUAUCGAUGCCAUGGACUACAGUGGAAGGAGAGCGUGGCAAUAUCUGAAGGGCAACGCCCCAGAGGAGAUGAAGGAGCUUCUUGGCACUUGGGACGAUGCGCACGGUAGG